GCGCCGCUCGGCCCGUCCCGGCUCGCAGCGGCCGCGCGCCCCCCUCCGCGGCCGGAGCCCGGUCGCUGCCCCGCCUUCUCCGGGGAGCGCCAGGCGGGAGCGGCCCGGACCCCGGGCUCGCGCGGGAGACGACGCGCCACAAACUUUGCUUUGUAUUGUUCCUAGCCCUUUAAGUGCCAGGGACUCUGCUGGGCAGGAAAAAUGUCCUUCUUCAAUUUCCGUAAGAUCUUCAAGUUGGGCAGCGAGAAGAAGAAAAAGCAGUACGAACACGUGAAGAGAGACCUGAACCCCGAAGAGUUUUGGGAGAUUAUAGGAGAGCUGGGCGACGGAGCCUUUGGGAAAGUGUAUAAGGCCCAGAAUAAAGAGACCAAUGUUUUGGCUGCUGCAAAGGUGAUUGACACCAAAUCUGAAGAAGAGCUUGAAGAUUAUAUGGUUGAGAUUGACAUAUUAGCAUCUUGUGAUCACCCAAACAUAGUCAAGCUUCUAGAUGCCUUCUAUUAUGAGAACAAUCUUUGGAUCCUCAUUGAGUUCUGUGCAGGAGGAGCGGUAGAUGCUGUGAUGCUUGAACUUGAGAGGCCAUUAACUGAGUCCCAAAUCCAAGUAGUUUGCAAGCAGACUUUAGAGGCGUUGAGUUACUUACAUGACAAUAAAAUCAUCCACAGAGAUCUAAAAGCUGGCAAUAUUCUUUUUACCUUAGAUGGAGACAUUAAAUUGGCGGAUUUUGGAGUGUCAGCUAAAAACACCAGGACAAUUCAAAGGAGGGAUUCCUUUAUUGGCACACCAUACUGGAUGGCUCCUGAAGUAGUCAUGUGUGAGACAUCAAAGGACAGACCUUAUGACUAUAAAGCUGACGUUUGGUCCCUGGGUAUUACUUUAAUAGAAAUGGCUGAGAUAGAGCCACCUCACCAUGAGUUAAAUCCAAUGCGAGUGUUGCUAAAAAUAGCAAAAUCUGAACCUCCGACAUUAGCACAGCCGUCAAAAUGGUCUUCAAAUUUUAAGGACUUUCUAAAGAAAUGCUUGGAAAAGAAUGUGGAUGCCCGGUGGACUACAUCUCAGUUAUUACAGCAUCCCUUUGUUACUGUUGAUUCCAACAAACCAGUCCGAGAAUUGAUUGCUGAGGCAAAGGCUGAAGUAACAGAAGAAGUAGAAGAUGGCAAAGAGGAAGAUGAUGAUGAGGAAACAGAAAAUGCUCUGCCAAUACCUGCAAACAAACGUGCUUCCUCUGACCUCAGUAUUGCCAGCUCUGAAGAAGAUAAACUUUCACAAAACGCUUGUAUUUUGGAAUCUGUAUCAGAAAGAAUAGAGCACAAUACUCCUGGGGAUAAAUUUAGCAACAAAGUUCUAAAUGAAAAACCCACCACUGAUGAACCUGAGAAGGCCCUGAAGGGUGUGAAUGAGCAUAUGGGUGACUCUAACUUGGAAUCUAUGGCUGAACUCAAUGACCAAACCGUAGAAAUCUUUGAGAAUGGGAGAGAGAAGAGACCCAAGCUGGAGAACCCUCCUGACACAGAAGACCAACAGCCAGUGGCUGUUAAUUCAGUCAGUGAAGGAAAUGAGGAUAAUAUAGUGACUUUAGAAAUGAACACUAACCAUGGGAAACCAGAGGAAGACAGGGUUAAAGAAAACCAAGAGAUAGCUGAGAAUAAACUUAUACAGUCUGAAGAAAUUAAAGAUAUGCAUAUUCAAACAAUGGAGUUAGUUUCUCAGGAGACGGGAGAAACAGAGGCAGACUUCCAGGCAGUGGACAGUGAAGUUAGGUUUACAAAAGAAGAUGCCCAGGAGAAACUGAGAAAAGAUGAUAACACUCAAAAAGUUGCAGUCAGUGAGGUCGUGACAAACGAGGCACUGGUCGCUGCUGAACGGAAUGCUGAUGGGAAGGAAGCAGAGGAAGGAACCCAGACGUUACCAGAGCAGCCCACAGAGCGCCCUGAGCCUGGUAGUGCUGGGGAAGAGCCUUCUCUUCAAGGAAGAGUUGAGGAUAAAGAGCUAGAUCAACAGUCUGUGCUGUGUGGAGGUGACGGACAGUUGAUCAGCACUUCAGUGACCACACAGGCAGCCAUUGAGGAACCAGGGACCCAUGAAGUUGAGCAAGUCAGUGAGUCACAUAGCACCGAGGAGACAGAGGGAAGUGCGGAGGCGGGUGGUGCUGAGGGACAGGCUCCAGGAAGUGAGGCUGCAGCUGCAGCUGCUGAGGUAGAGUUGGAGAGAAAAGAAGCCGCAGAGGGAGUGCCAGUGAAAGCAGAGCCCCAGGCUCCUGCAGCCUCGCAGUCCAACGAGGAGCCUCCUGUCCUGAUACCCAGUAUCAGUGUUAACUCUGAAAACACAGAGCAUAACGGAGAGGGGGGUGCUUUACCCAAAGCUGAAGGCAUUCUGCCGCCAGAGGCUGACAAUGAGAAGGAGAAUGACACCGACUCAGGGACUGGGGCCACAGUGGAGAAGAGCAGCAGUGACUUGAACUUGUCCAUCUCUAGCUUCCUAAGCAAAACUAAAGACAGUGGCUCAAUGUCGCUACAAGAGACAAGAAGACAGAAGAAAACAUUGAAGAAAACACGCAAAUUUAUUGUUGAUGGUGUAGAAGUGAGUGUAACAACGUCAAAGAUAGUUACAGAUAGUGACUCCAAAACUGAGGAAUUGCGAUUUCUCAGGCGUCAGGAACUUCGAGAGCUGAGAUUUCUCCAGAAAGAGGAGCAGAGGGCCCAGCAGCAGCUCAAUGGCAAACUUCAGCAGCAGCGAGAGCAGAUUUUCAGGCGCUUUGAGCAGGAGAUGAUGAGUAAGAAGCGACAAUAUGACCAGGAAAUUGAGAAUCUUGAGAAGCAGCAGAAACAGACAAUUGAACGACUAGAACAAGAACAUACGAACCGCUUGCGAGAUGAAGCUAAACGAAUCAAAGGAGAGCAAGAGAAGGAGCUGUCCAAAUUCCAGAAUAUGCUAAGAAACCGCAAGAAGGAGGUUAUAAAUGAAGUGGAGAGAGCACCCAAAGAGCUGAGAAAAGAGCUCAUGAAGCGCAGGAAAGAGGAGCUUGCACAAGGCCAGCAUGCUCAGGAACAAGAAUUUGUUCAGAAGCAACAGCAAGAAUUAGAUGGCUCUCUGAAAAAGAUCAUCCAACAACAGAAGGCAGAGUUGGCUAAUAUUGAGAGAGAGUGCUUGAAUAACAAGCAACAGCUUAUGAGAGCUCGAGAAGCUGCAGUUUGGGAGCUUGAAGAGCGGCAUCUACAGGAAAAGCACCAGUUGCUUAAGCAGCAGCUGAAAGACCAGUACUUCAUGCAGAGACACCAGCUCCUUAAACGCCAUGAGAAGGAAACAGAACAAAUGCAGCGUUAUAAUCAACGACUUAUUGAGGAAUUGAAAAACAGACAGACUCAGGAACGAGCGAGACUACCCAAGAUUCAACGAAGUGAAGCCAAGACACGAAUGGCCAUGUUUAAGAAAAGUUUGAGAAUUAACUCAACAGCCACACCAGACCAGGACCGUGAAAAAAUUAAACAGUUUGCUGCACAAGAAGAAAAGAGGCAGAAAAACGAGAGAAUGGCUCAGCAUCAAAAACAUGAGAGCCAAAUGCGGGAUCUCCAGUUGCAGUGUGAAGCCAAUGUCCGAGAACUGCACCAGCUGCAGAAUGAAAAAUGCCACCUGUUGGUUGAACAUGAGACUCAGAAACUGAAGGAGUUAGACGAGGAACACAGCCAAGAGUUAAAAGAGUGGAGAGAAAAACUAAGACCGAGGAAAAAGACACUGGAAGAAGAGUUUGCCAGGAAACUGCAGGAGCAGGAAGUGUUUUUUAAAAUGACGGGGGAAUCCGAAUGUCUUAAUCCAUCAGCACAGAGCCGUAUCUCCAAAUUCUACCCUAUUCCCACCUUGCAUUCCACUGGGUCAUAGCAACAGUAAGCAUUCUCUCUCUGGAUGUGGCUUCUAAGUACAUCAUUGUAUUCUCUUCAUCUUCCACAGUAUGUAUGACUCACAAAGACAAUCACCUGUCAUCUUCUCGGUGGUUAAAAAAUGUAUUUCUUGGAUUUUAUUGUUAAACAAAGAUGAAGGGCAAACAAGCUAAGACAGAUGCGAGGCCAUGUUGGCAAAUAGCAUCUUGCAGUAAUUCCCUAAGGUGAUUUUGUAUAUUGACCUUAAAUAUUGUAUUCUUUAGACACUGUUACUGAAAAACUGCCAGAGAAAAUAAUGUUUAAAGUUAUUUGGGGGGAAAUAAACCAAACCUGUUACAUCAUUUAAGUAUUAAUAAAUACUGUUUUGCCUGGUUUCUCAAUGAUGCUAAAUUCUAUAGUUAAGAUUCUGCUGUAGAAUUGGAGUAAUUUUCUUUUGACAAACCAGCUCUUAUUAAAAAGCCAUGAGUUACAGAAAUACGAUAUUGAUUCAGUACAUAGAUAUAUUUUUAUCAUUAAACAGGAUCAAGGUCUUUUCAAAGAGAAAGGUUAUUCAUUAAACUAUCACAAACAUUAGCCUGUAUGGGCAGGAACUAGUAAUUGAGGUGCUAAUUUUAUUAAGAUAGUGCCUAAAACACUGAAUUUUAAUCAUGUAUAAAGUGGGGUUUUCUUUUUGAUCAACAGGAACAAAGUAUCCUCCUCACUGAACAUUACUGUCUUAAAAACUUACAUAUAUUGCCAUUCAAUAUUCAUCCUGAAACAAAUUUUGUACAGAGUUUGGAAAGAUGAACGAACUAGCUUUCAAAUGUGCAAAUUGAACAUAAAGAACUCACGACAUUGUCGGUAGCACAGACUAAGCCCUCCCACUUACUCCCUCCAUCUCAGCAAGUUCUGUUCCUCAGUGGAUGCUUAGAGGCCUCUGGCCCAGGGCUGCAGUCACACCUACAGUCCUGAAGCUAGCCUUAGAAGAAGCGUUUGUCCACAAAGGCUUUCCAUUCGGUCGCAGGCACACAUGCAAAGUGACAUUGUAUUGUUUCAAAUGAGGUUAUUCAAGUGCAUUUUGGUUUUAUUUUGUUCCAUGUUUAAAUUAAUUACUCUGAAUAGGAAAAACCUGAAACCUUUAUCAUGUGGUUGCUGGUACAAGUGAUUAUUAAUGAAAUGCUCACUCUUAGUUCUUUUUGAAGCUCAAUCUCAGCCGUGUCAGGUCAACAGUAUUAUAAACAGCACAUUUGUGAAUGAUGCAGCUGCCUGCCUGCCUGCCUGCCUGCCUGUUGGCACCCUAUUCUCCUCUAAGAGUGCUGGGUACCAAAUUGUAAACGUUUCAGUUUUGAGUUAUAUUUUGAGGUUGGUGAAAAUAGUAAUGUCAGUAUAAUGUUGUGGGAACACCAGUUCAUAUUAAGAAAAUGUAGAUGUCUGUAGUACUUUCUUGCAGUUCAUUUGAAAACUUUGAAUGCUGAACUUUAUCUGGUUUCGAAAUGCAUGUGUAAUUUUAAUUUUAUAAUUAUUUUGACAAGCUUAAUUUUCCUGGACAACCUUGUAGGUAGCCUUAACUUUCAGCCAAUUUUGUUUUUUAUAUAAAUAUAUAUACAUAUAUAUAUAAUGUAUGGUUGUAAAUUCAUACACUUAUCACAUGAAUGUGUUACUGUAUACAGAAUUCUUAAUGCUUUAUUUUCAGAUGCUGGGUUGAAAACUCUUUGAGAGCCUUUAAAUAUAUAUCUUUAUAAAGUAAUAUUCAGGAUGAUGAUGGAAAUUGUUUAUAUUAUUAUGAUAAAAGACGGAAUUAUGUUUCCCAGUGUAUUUAAUGAUUUAUUUGAAGAGGGAGAGGGGAGGAAGGCUCCUUUGAAUUGUUCAUUUUAUUGGGCUUUUACAAAGGAAUAGUUCAGUCAGUGGGCUUAUUUUCUGUAUCAUUUAGGGAACUGUAGACAUGAUUUGGUCUGAAUAUCUGCCCUUCCUGUUUCUUUUCAACUUGACAUUUAGAGCAUUGUGUCUCGGACAGAGGCUGGAAGGGGUGCCCCUGCUUGUGUUUUCUUUCAAGCAUGGCUGUAUUCCCGUGGGUUCAGGGACUGUCCAGUGGUACACAUGGAGAGGGGGACACGCCUCUAACCCUUCAGGUUAUAUAUACAAAGUGUUUGUAACAGAGCACGCUGUUCCUGAACUUGUCUGCUUCUUGUAAGGCCUCAUGCCAUGUAGAUAAUAGGAACCUUUCCUCCUGCAUGAAGUGUAGGUGGGAUUUGCUGAGGGCACAGACGUCCUUGAGUCUGAGAGUACAGUCAGCCCAUCACCCCCCCCCCAUGAAGUUGCUUGGCUGCUGUGGCAGUGUGCCCUUGUGCCAUGAAGUGCAUAAAGGGAAGUGUCUGUGUGCACCUCCAGCAGUCCCCUCCCCUUCCCUGCAUGCAGUGGACAUGCCACACCUCCGCCACACUCUGCAGGUCCAGCUCCUAGAGCCCAGGCGCACGGUUUCUGUCCAUCUGUGGAUCUGCAGGUUGCUGAAUUAGCUGCUAUUUUAGGUGGAGUAAGCUCGUUCUUACCCUUUUCUCUGGGUGGGGAGGCAUUUAGAGGCUUUUACUUUGCUGAAAAUAUCGGAACCUUCCCACAUGACAGGACGUGGCAAAUUGUAACUAAGAAAGAAGCAGAACCAGAGCUACCUCUAAGCAGUGUUCUCUCAAGCACGCGCUCUCAGGCACAUGAGACCCUCCCCACGGAGGCCUCUCUGAUUUCUUGAGCAUCAGCAAGUCUAAGGAGUGACUGUUUUUGUACUCUUCAGGUCCCCAGUACCCUCAUACUUUCCCCAUUCCACACUGUGCUUAUCAUAUGACAAAGCCUCUUCUAAGAAGCCCAGUUUGGCCAACUUAAUAGUUAGAAAUAUUGCAGAGCAGAGUAGCGCCCGGAACUGCGGUGGGAGAAGAGGUGUGGGUUCUGGCAGCCCUCUGGUCCUUUGUGGGAGGUGACCUCACAGGCCGUGGCGGUGUUCCAGUGUUUCUCUUACGUCAGAGGCAACAGUCAAUGCCUCUGCUCUCACUGUUCUUUGGCUGACAUGGUUUUGAUAAUGCUUUAAGAUUUCUGCUACAAAGCUUGGGAUAGUGUUUUACCAGUUUCAAAUGUUGGCUGCAGCUUAAAAAUGUGAUUCUUUGCAGUGUAAUAAGCUCACAAGCUACAUUUUCAAAGAGGAUUUCAUUUCACAUUGUGCUUCUUGUCUACUUGGGAUCAGAAACAUGCCUUUUCAAUCACGGAUUGUCAGACAAUAAAGUUAUUUCUUAAUCUA